AACGACCGAACCUGACACUCCCGUGAGCGUAGUCGUGACAAGCACCACAGACGAGCCAACAACGACCGAACCUGACACUCCCGUGAGCGUUGUCAUGACCAGCACCACAGACGAGCCAACAACGACCGAACCUGACACUCCCGUGAGCGUAGUCGUGACAAGCACCACAGAAGAGCCAACAACGACGGAACCUGACACUCCCGUGAGCGUAGUCGUGACAAGCACCACAGACGAGCCAACAACGACGGAACCUGACACUCCCGUGAGCGUAGUCGUGACAAGCACCACAGACGAGCCAACAACGACCGAACCUGACACUCCCGUGAGCGUAGUCGUGACAAGCACCACAGACGAGCCAACAACGACCGAACCUGACACUCCUGUGAGCGUAGUCAUGACCAGCACCACAGACGAGCCAACAACGACCGAACCUGACACUCCCGUGAGCGUUGUCAUGACCAGCACCACAGACGAGCCAACAACGACCGAACCUGACACUCCCGUGAGCGUAGUCGUGACAAGCACCACAGAAGGUAAGUCGCAUCGA